UGUCGUUCACCGUACCUCAAAAGCGUAUUCUCACCAAAGAAGACCUGGAAGAAUUCCAGUCUUCCGAUGCUUAUAAUGACUUCAUGGGUUUCAUUGAGAGGCUCAAUGAGUCUGUAAAGGGAUUGAAAAUCGACUCCGAGAUCGAAGUGUCACCAUCUAUUGAAAAAGUUCUAGGCUUAUUAGAUGCCUUGCUUCAAACCAAAGCUGAAAUCCCCCCUGUAGACAAUGCCUUGUCAAGAUUUGGCAAUCCUGCAUUUGUGACGUUCUAUGACAAAGCAGCCGAGAUGAUUCCGGAAUUGUUGAAGCCCAUUGUUCCCAAUGAUUCGAUACCUGAAAUCUCAGCAUACUUGGUAGAGAGCUUUGGCAACCGACGCCGCAUUGAUUAUGGCACAGGGCACGAAGCAAAUUUCAUUGCAUUUUUACUUUGUUUGGAGAAGCUAGGCGUAAUUAGUAGCAGAGAUUAUACAGCGGCCGUCCUACGUGUCUUCGUCAAGUAUAUGUCCCUUAUGCGUGAAUUGCAAUUCUCCUACUGGCUUGAACCAGCAGGCUCGCAUGGCGUUUGGGGUCUAGACGAUUAUCACUUUUUACCUUUCAUGUUCGGAUCUGCACAACUUAUUGAUCACAAAUACAUUCGACCGAAAUCUAUACACGAUCCAGACAUUAUUGAACAAUUCUCAAAGUCGUACAUGUACCUUGGAUGCAUUGCCUUUAUCAAUUCAGUCAAGAACACGGCCUCCUUACGUUGGCAUUCACCUAUGCUGGACGAUAUUUCGGCAGCUAAAUCUUGGGCAAAAGUCAAUGGAGGAAUGAUAAAAAUGUACAAGGCUGAAGUUCUGAACAAGCUUCCCAUUAUGCAACACUUUAUGUUUGGAACACUCAUAAAAUUUGAAGGCGGAAGUACUGUUGAAAAUGAAGACGAAGGAUGUGGACAUGAUCAUCAUCACAGCGUUGAGGUGGACAAAGACGGCAAAGAAGUGUAUGCCAUGGGUCAAGAACAUCCCGAGUGCUGUGGCAUCCCUAUACCAAGCGCAAUCGCUGCUGCUGCUGCUGGUCAAAGCCGACGACCUAUCCCAUUUGAUUGAGCAGCUUCACUUGCUUUUCAUUACAAUGACAUUAGCACCUGUAUUAUUUGUAUAUAGCAUAGCCAUAGU